UGCGCGGUCGUCUCUUCCUGCCAGUGCUGAGGGAGGAUCGUUUUUAGCAUGCGGAGGAUUUGAGGAGCGCGAGUGAGGUCCAACACUGAUGGAACAUGUCCUAUGUUCCCUUUCAAGCUGCUUAUGAGAUGGAAGAUGACAUGAGCCCUGAGUCAGAUGCACGGUACGCUGUCCCCUCCUCCCAUCAGCCCCAGUCCUCCUACGCUGCUGCUCCGCCGUACGAGCGUCCAGGCUGGAACUCACGUCACUGCAUGAUUCCUGGAAAUCAGCUCUACAUGUUGGACCAGGAGGAGGUUCACCCUUUACUGAUGCGCGAGCGGCGCUCCGAGUCGCACAGGAACAAGCUGCUGCGACGCACCGUCAGCGUGCCUGUAGAGGGACGCCACCAUCCUGAGAUGGACAACGCCCGCCUCAGGCGGAAAAGCAUCGCCACUGGGCGCCAGCCGAGCAUGGAGACCCCUCCCAUAGCCCCCCCUCAACCCUUCCGACAAUCUAGUUUUCUCGGCCGAAGGCUGAAGGGGUCUAUAAAACGAGCGAAGAGUCAGCCCAAGCUGGACCGCACCAGCAGCUUCCGCCAAAUGAUCCUCCCACGAUUCCGCAGUGCUGAUCAGGACAGGACUCGCCUGAUGCAGAGCUUCAAAGAGUCACAUUCCCAUGAAUCCCUGCUGUCUCCCAGUAGUGCGGCUGAGGCGCUGGACCUCACGCUGGACGAGGACGCCAUCAUCAAACCGGUUCACUCCAGCAUUUUAGGGCAGGAGUACUGCUUUGAGGUGACGACUGCUUCAGGAACGAAGUGCUUCGCCUGUCGGUCGGCUGCAGAAAGAGACAAAUGGAUUGAGAAUCUACAGAGAGCUGUGAAGCCCAACAAAGACAACAGCCGGAGGGUGGACAAUGUCUUGAAGCUCUGGAUCAUUGAGGCCCGUGAGCUGCCACCCAAAAAACGCUAUUACUGUGAACUGUGUUUGGACGACAUGCUGUACGCACGCACCACCAGCAAACCUCGCACCGACACUGUCUUCUGGGGCGAGCACUUCGAGUUCAACAACCUCCCGGCUGUCCGGAACCUCCGGCUUCAUCUCUACAAGGAGACAGACAAGAAAAGACGCAAGGAGAAAAGCACAUAUCUAGGACUUGUCAGCAUCCCCAUAUCCAGCAUCACCGGUCGGCAGUUUGUAGAGCAGUGGUAUCCUGUGAUUCAACCCAGCGUACUGGCCAAGGGAGGGGGUGUAGGAGGGGGUAAAAUCAUCAAUGCUUCUUUGCGGCUCAAGUCUCGCUACCAGACCAUGAGUAUCCUGCCAAUGGAACUGUACAAAGAGUUUGCAGAGUAUGUUACUAACAACUAUCGGACGCUGUGUGCCGUCUUGGAGCCUCUGCUGAGCGUCAAAAGCAAGGAGGAGGUAGCUUGUGCACUGGUGCACAUCCUACAAAGCACAGGGAAAGCAAAGGAUUUUCUUUCAGACAUGGCGAUGUGUGAGGUAGACCGAUUCAUUGACCGAGAGCACCUAAUAUUCCGAGAGAACACCUUAGCUACCAAAGCUAUAGAAGAGUACCUCAAACUCAUCGGACAUAAGUACCUCAAGGAUGCUUUAGGUGACUUCAUCCGAGCGCUGUAUGAGUCAGAGGAGAACUGCGAGGUUGAUCCCAUGAGGACUCCACCUUCUGUUCUACUGGACCAUCAGGCGAAUCUUCGCAUGUGUUGUGAGCUUGCACUCUGCAAAAUCGUCAACUCACAUUGUGUUUUUCCACGUGAGCUGAAGGAGGUCUUUGCGUCUUGGCGAGUACGUUGUGCGGAGAGAGGGAGGGAGGACAUUGCUGACCGCCUGAUCAGUGGCUCCCUGUUCCUGCGCUUUCUUUGUCCUGCCGUCAUGUCCCCAUCGCUAUUCAACCUCACCCAGGAAUACCCUGAUGAGCAGACGUCACGCACGCUCACCCUCAUAGCCAAAGUGCUGCAGAACCUUGCCAACUUCUCCAAAUUUGGCAGUAAGGAGGAGUAUAUGUGCUUCAUGAAUGAGUUCUUAGAGAUGGAGUGGGGCUCAAUGCAGCAGUUCCUGUAUGAGAUCUCUAAUCUAGACAGCAUAAGCAAUGCUGGGGCUUUUGAGGGAUACAUUGAUCUGGGAAGAGAGCUUUCGGUCCUGCACAGCCUCCUGUGGGAGGUCAUGGCUCAGCUCAGUAAGGAUGCCAUUAUCAAACUUGGACCAUUACCUCGCCUCCUGAAUGACAUCAGCAUGGCCCUUCGCAAUCCUCACCUCCAAAGGCAGCCCAGUCACCAGACAGACAGGCAGCCUCCAGAAAGACAGACAGACCGGUUACUUUCUCGACCCAGCUUCAACAGGGGAAUCUCCUCUGAGUUUCAGAACCUUAUGAUGAGGGACCUUAACAGUUCCAUUGAUAUCACUCGCUUGCCUUCCCCAACCUCUGCCAUGUCCAGCGGUGUUGUUCCUCCAUCACGAGCUGGAAUGGGUGGUUAUGUAGAUCGGGAUCAUCCACAUCGAGCCUCUUCUAAGGAUGUUUUCUAUGUCACCCGUCCUCCACUGGCUCGGUCCAGCCCUGCGUACUGUACAAGCAGCUCCGAUAUCACUGACCCAGACCCAAAGGACUCAAGAAUGAACAGCGUCUCUAACCUGCAGUCUGUGGGGGACAUGCUCAACUCUCCCCAGGCCUCACUUGCUGGGUUCGGUGGCCUUGGUGGCGCUGGAGGAGGCCUUGGAGGUCAGCUGCGCGCCGGCGGAGGGCGGAUGUCAGCCGGCUCAGGUGGCUCCAGUGUGUCCGGUGGCCUGCGACUUAGCCAGUUGAGCCAGACGGGGACUGCCACCGAUUCACUGUCCCAGCAGCAGCAGCAACAAGCCGCCGCACUUCGCUACCCACUGUCCUUCCAGAACCCUCUGUUCCACAUGGCCGCUGAUGGGCCUCAACUCCAGCGCCAGCACAGUCGUGCACAGGUGCCUCCACCACUCCUUCUGGCCCCAGAGCCAGACUCGUCCCACCCUGCCUAUUUGCCACAGUUCGCCCGUGGCGCCUUCUCCCGGAGCGAAGACCUUUCCACACUCAGACCCGGACCACACCUUGGCCAGCCCAGCAUUGUCCACUCCCAUAGCUACAGCGACGAAUACAGCCGGGGAGAUUACGCUCGACGGCAACUCUCUAUGCACAUGCAGGAAAACCUCCAGCAGCAGCAGAUGAUGGGCAUGGCCUCCCAGACGGGCACAUCUCAUUCCUCACUUGCUUCACCUCCUACAACUGUCCAGCCUGUCCGUCAGAGCUCCAUGGCUCCACCUCCUACACAACGCAUGAAGUCUCAAACCUCCCAUCAGCUUUCUGUAAGCUCAGCUGUCGGUGCAACACCCCCCAGCAAGACGAGGCCCCAGAGCGGAAACCUGCUCCAGUCUCCCGAGUCAGGCUUUGGGGGCAGGCAGCAGGGCCCACGGCAGCAGCUGUCCGUCAAGGAUAACACAGCCCCCGGCCUUCCUCAUCAGCACAGCUCCACCCGCGAGAGCCAGGGAUCUCAGGGUUCCCAGGGGGGAACACCACAGUCAACACAGCAGUCUCACAAGGAGCGUCAACACUCGCAGCAGCACUUACUCAAGCCUUCCAUCAGCAAACAGGGCUCAUCUCCAAACACUUUGAACCCGCCCACCCCUGCCUCAGAAAGGACAGUUGCCUGGGUGUCGAACAUGCCCCACCUUUCUGCUGACAUUGAGAGCUCACGCAUCGAGAGAGAGGAUUUCAAGCUUAAGGAGUACUCCAAAAGCAUGGACGAGUCCCGUUUAGACCGGGUACGAGAGUAUGAGGAGGAGAUUCAUUCUCUGAAGGAGCGUCUGAUAAUGUCCCAUCGCAAGCUGGAGGAGUACGAGCGGAGGCUAAUCACUCAGGAGCAACAGACCAACAAGAUCCUGCUGCAGUACCAGAGCCGGCUGGAGGACAGCGAGAGGAGGCUGAGGCAACAGCAGAUGGAGAAGGACUCCCAGAUUAAAGGAAUUAUUGACAGGCUCAUGGCGGUCGAGGACGAGCUGAGGGUAGGGGUGGCAUCAGAGCACAAAGCCAGGAUGUUUGCUGAUCAGGGGAGGCGGCAAUCCAUCCUAGUGCAGCCCCGGCUCGCACCCGUCCCUCCUCGAAUGCACAGCCAAUCGCACAGCUUUGUGGAGGACAAUCUGGAAUCUAAUUGGACGCCUCAGCUAGGACCGUCCUCGGGAUGGCGCGGUUUUAACGCCAGGGCGCUGUCUCGCGACUCGCUCGCUUGACACAGAGGAAACUGAGGCUCUGAAAAUCAGAGCCCCAGCCGACCCAAAGAGAACAUACUGUAGGUACCUUUCGUCUCCUGCUCUUUCUCUGACUUUUUAGGACUCUUCAGCUUUCAGCUUUUACCACAAAACAGGAAAAAAACUAACUAAUACACAAACCACAUCUCUGGAUGUGCAGACGGGAAAAGAUGAUCUCCAUCUGUUGUUCAAAAGUUUGAGAAAUGCUUUUUUAAACGUCUCUGAAGGAACUAUGUGAACAUCUCAUCCAGAUGGAAGGAGACGUUUCCAUGGGUGUUUCAAAAGGUGCUGUUCUUCUACGACACGACAUCCACAGGUUCCUUCUGCUCAUGACGCCUCUCUGUGCUUUUGUGUCUCUUCAUUCGAGGUAUUUAAAUAUGCAUAGAUGGACCGAUUGUGAGGCAUGACGCAGAGUGGAAACGAAUGAUUUACCUAUUUAUUUAUUUAUUUAUUUGUUAGUUUUCAAUUUAAUCAUGUCACACUAUCACACAUGCUUCAGUUAGACUUUGAGGUUAAAAAAAGAACACUCAAGAAGCGAGUUUCUUUGGAUUUUUUGUCAUUUUAACCUGUUCCUCCUACUUCGACUCGUCCCAUGGCGACAGAUAAAAUUUUCUUUCAUUUACAAAUGAUCCGAUACUGAAAAUCCCAAAUAAGGAAGCGUUUUGUCUCUUGUGUUAUUAAGACUUCACUGGAUUUGGACAUAACUGUAACUUUAACUUUUCUGGACUUUAUGGCCUGAGCGGCCUGAACAUUUUUCUUUCAUCCUUUCUUUUUUUUUUUUAAAACAAUUGCAGGUAUGUAUUGCAGUUGAAAUAAUGUUGUGUAGUGGGUGAAUGUGUGUAUAUACAGUGUGUGUACAGUGUUUGUGUAUAUACUAUGUAUGAGUAUAUAUUAUAUGGACAUGUACAUACAGUCUGUUUAUAUAUGCAUUGUACAGAAUGUAUUUUGUCCGAGAUGAGGAAACGUUUCUUCUCCUUCUCCUUCCUCCUCUUCUUCUUCUUCUUGUUUUUUUCGGUAACGAAGUGGCAAUUUUCAAGGCAGGUGUCUUUGGAAGCACUUUUUUGCACAGACUUACCAUACGGAGUCUGAGACGUAUGAUGCAUCACCAUUACUCUGCCACACACCUCGAGCUUGCACCCAUUUUCUCACUGAUUGGGGCAUUUUGUAAUAGUUUCUAGGUGACAAAGCAAUGUUUGUACAUAUCUAUAUAUUAUCUAUAUACGGAAUAUACCAAUAUUUCAGAUUAAUUUUCAUCUUCAUAGCUGGUGAUUCUUACAGCUGGGUGUUUUCAGUGCUCCAGUGUGUGUGCGUGUGUGUAUGCGUGUGUGUAGGCUCGCCUUGAGCUGCAGAUGAAUCUGUUUAUAAGGCCGACCCCUCAAGAUAUUUACCGUCCCAGUUUAUUCUAUUGACCUUUUGUACACCUAACCCACCCCCCCCCCCCCAACACCCUCAUCACACCCCCUUCCCUGCUUUUUAUUCUUUUUGAUUUUAAAUUAUUUAUUUUAUUUUUAAUCCCUGGAAAUGAAUGGAGUUCCCGUGAUGUGCCUCCUUCUGCUAAAUCUUUAUUUGACCUUCGUCAGCCAUAAGAAAAUCAUAUCCAUUCUCCUUGACAAGCCAUAAGUCCCACCCCGAAAAAUGAUCUUUUAUGACAAGGGCAGACACUUGGGGAUUUAAUUCCCUUUUUCUUUUUUUGUACAUAUACAUACGUAUAAAUAUAUUAAUGGAAAGAGUGAUCAAUUUGGAGUGUUGCUUAUGUGUAUGGAUUUGUUAUGAAUGUUAAUA